GGUGUUUUGGCGAUUUCACAUCAUUCACUACACACUGAAGUCGAAGUAGGACGUCCAAAAUCCAACAUGGCCGCCACAGAUGCACCGCUCCCCAAUCCAAAAGAUAAUGUGUCACGUUUAGUAUACAUACCUUCGGCCAUAUUCGUGGUAAUAUGCCCUAUCGUCGUUGCGUUGCGCGUCUGGGCCCGGCUGAGGAGCGGCAAGAUGGGCCCUGACGAUUGGACUGCCAUUGCGGCCUUGAUAUUUGCACUCCUGACUAGCGGAUUUCUGGUCGCGUCUUGCCAUUAUGGAAUGGGCCGCCACUUCGUCUACAUAGAAGCACACAAUAAAUACGAAACUCUCAAAUACUUGUACAUGUCCCAAGUCACCUACAAAGCAGCCAUUAAUCUCAGCAAAUGCUCUAUCCUGCUGCUUUAUCUGCGUCUAUUCAAGAUUGUUGGUUGGAUUAGAUGGGCUUGCUGGGGUAUACUUACAUGUGUGGUCAUCUAUUGCGUCUCGUCGAUGGUCGCGACCAUUUUCCAGUGCAGUCCCGUCGUUAAAGCAUUCAACAAGACUCUACCGGGAACUUGCAUUGACCUUGCCACGUUUUGGUUCGCAAACGCUGGAUUUUCGAUUGCCACCGACAUUAUAAUCUUGCUGCUUCCUAUGCCUCUGGUCUAUCAACUAGAAGUUCCUCGGGCUCAGAAAAUCGCCCUAAUGGCCGUCUUUGCCGUUGGCAUCUUCGUCGUGGUCACUUCAUGCCUCCGAGUCGCAACGCUUGAUAUAUUCGCUACUUCCCCCGACAAUACAUAUGAUAUCGCGAACGUGAUGUGGACAAUCAUCGAACCCAAUGUGGCUGUCAUUUGCGCAAGCUUGCCAAUUCUACGCCCGUUGGUUGUUAAACUCUUCCCGGCCCUGAGGAGUAAAAGCUCGGCCAACAGGUACGGAUCUUCGGGCUACGCGGAACAGUCAAAACGAACAAGAAGAAGUCAGCCGCAUGGAGAUAACUGGGCGGAGUCAAGUAGGGAGCCUGAUGUUAUUCACAUGGCAACUCUUCGAGGGAGUCACUCAAAUGCAGGAAGCGAAGAGAAUAUCUUACCACUUGGGCAGAAUGAUACUAGUGCCAGAAUUCAGAAGACGGUGGAAUAUACUAUUCAAUACUCAGAGAAGAGAUAGAUACCUGGAAUGGAGUUGGUUACCACACGCAGAAGAAAUGCAUGAAUAAGCCUGUAAUAAAAACACAUAAAUCGCCUCAUAUAAGUAAUUAAGAAUCGAGACCGUUUAAUAAAGUUUAGCGGGCAAGGCUCAAAUCGCUGACCUCAA